AUGGCGUCCGCCUCUGGGGCCAUGGCGAAGCACGAGCAGAUCCUGGUCCUCGACCCUCCCACAGACCUCAAAUUCAAAGGCCCCUUCACAGAUGUAGUCACUACAAAUCUUAAAUUGCGAAAUCCAUCGGAUAGAAAAGUAUGUUUCAAAGUGAAGACUACAGCACCUCGUCGAUACUGUGUGAGGCCCAACAGUGGAAUUAUUGACCCAGGGUUGACUGUGACUGUUUCAGUAAUGCUACAGCCUUUUGACUAUGAUCCUAAUGAAAAGAGUAAACACAAGUUUAUGGUACAGACGAUUUUUGCUCCACCAAACAUUUCAGAUAUGGAAGCUGUGUGGAAAGAGGCAAAACCUGACGAAUUAAUGGAUUCUAAAUUGAGAUGUGUUUUUGAAAUGCCCAAUGAAAAUGAUAAAUUGGGUAUAACUCCACCAGGGACUGCUCCAGCUGUCACUUCAGUAAGCAUCAUCAACAAGCCAGGUGCAACUCCUUCCAGUUAUAGCACGAAGAAUGACCCCAAGGGACUCAAUGUGUUCAAACAGGAGAAGCAGAAGAAUGAUAUGGAACCUAGCAAAGCUGUUCCACUGAAUGCAUCUAAACAAGAUGGACCCAUGCCAAAACCACAUAGUGUUUCACUCAAUGACACUGAAACAAGGAAACUCAUGGAAGAAUGUAAAAGACUUCAGGCAGAAGUGAUGAAGCUAUCAGAAGAAAAUCGAUACCUGAGAGAUGAAGGCUUAAGGCUCAGAAAGGUAGCACACUCGGAUAAACCUGGAUCGACCUCACCUGCAUCUUUCAGAGAUAAUGUCACCAGUCCUCUUCCUUCACUUCUUGUUGUAAUUGCAGCCAUUUUCAUUGGAUUCUUUCUAGGGAAAUUCAUCUUGUAG